UUUUGAUUAACUCCUUCAAGAAAAACUAGGGGUGCAACGAUCGUUAGUGUUCAAACGCGAGGGUCCUGAUGUAUGCUGGAUUUGUUAUGUCAAGUGUCAAAAUGACCGGCCCACCUGCUCUGAAAUCAACACAGAUGUAAACAGACCCAGUAAAUAGGAAAUUUAAAAGGAUUUCUCACAAUUGUUCACGUACUUACCCAUUCUGAGAAAUGGUGGUUAGACUCGCCUUGUCGAACAAGACUGUUACUUGAAAUGUUAAAAAAUGAAACCCAAUAUUCAUAGGAAGUUAAGUGUGUCGACUUGUUUUAGUUGAUGUGAACAAGUUUUCAAAAUGUUGACGGCACUGACAAUGAAACUUUCGUCGCAACAUCGAGCUUUAUAUUGUUACUUGAUUCUAAGUGUGUGGAUAUUUUUGCUCGUUGCCGGAAUGUAUAAAUAUAUUGGCAAUGAAGAUGGUACAUCUACUUUGAAACACACUGGUAAUGAGAUGCCAAACAGAAACUUCCCAAAAAAUUUAAAACCAGAUAUUAAAAUGAGAAGGAUUUUCAAAUUGUGCAACCCACCAGAAGAAAUUUCUUUAGGGAGUGAAGGUCAAAUUCAUGGUAACUAUUCACUGGAAGGUGUUUUAAUUUUUGUGCGACAUGGAGACAGAGGACCACUGUCACAUGUCCGAAACAUUUCUAAUGUGAACUGUGCUGGUGACCUUGUCAAUGCUGAGACAUUGGAUUCAGAUAUAAGUUUUCGUUCCUAUGAAUUCUUUUUACAGAACCUUACAUCACCUGGAAAAACAUCAUCAUUUUUACCCCAGUUUCUAGGUCCUUUCCAUGGUUUUCCAUUGCUUCCCCCUACAUCUGGUGAAUGUCAAUUGGGACAAAUGACUCCUGUUGGAGUUGUUCAAUUACUUAAAACAGGCCAUAUUCUAAGGCUUGCAUAUGGUGAUCGACUUGGCAUUGGCAAUGGCUCUCUAGGAACUGAUGACAUGACAGUGUAUAGCACACGGUACAGAAGGACGUUUCAAAGUGCUGUAGCAUUUCUGUAUGCCUUUCUUUCAGCUGAGGAUUUCCAAAAAGUAGUGCUAAAAGAAAGUCAAAGUUUGGCCUUCUGUUUCAAUGAAUGUGCUUGCCCAGCUGCUGACAAGUUUAGACACAAAUUCAGUUCUGAAAGUAAUGAACACUUCCAUUCACAUCCAGCAGUUGUGAAAUUAGUUGAGACAGCUGCAUCAGUGGUGUUUGAAAUGCCAGACAAAGCUCUGGUUUCAGAUCCUCAUGCUUUGGGUGAUGCUCUACUGCUUUAUGUGUGUCAUAAUGCUCAGCUCCCAUGUAUUGACGUUGGAACAACAGAAAAGUUACCUCCAGAGUCAUGUGUUCGCAUGGAACAAGUGACUGGACUUUUUGCUUACACUGAGUGGGAGGCACGUCAAUAUGCAAAAAGUAUCAACCUGAAGCGGUCCUGCUUAUUACGUGCUUAUGGUCUUGUUCGAGAUAUAGUAUCCCAUAUGUUAAGAAUGAUAUCAGAAAAGAAGCCAAAGUUUGUUUUCUAUUCAGGUCAUGAUAAAACAUUGCAAUAUCUUACAACAGCUUUAGGUGUCAUCUCAGACACAACUGUGUCUCCUCAUUAUGCGUCUCGACUCGUAAUUGAAGUUUACAAGAGUAAGGAACAAAAUAUUACAUCUAAGAAGGCAAAUAGUGGUACAGUAGCUCGAGAUUAUUUCUUUCGUUUAGUAUUUAAUGGAAGAGAUCUCACAAAUCACAUUCAUUUUUGCAAAGGUAGUAAUAAUCUUACCACAGUUCAAGCAAAAACUUCUGAAGGGUCAGAAAAUUUACACAAUAGCAGCAUGACACCUCAUGGACCACGAAGACAGUCAUCUGCAUAUCUGUGUCCCAUAGAAUGCAUUGUUCGAUUUCUGCAUGAUGACUAUUUUUCAAGCUUCAAUGCAACAAAUUUUAAAGAUGUGUGUUCUGUACAUUCUUAAAUGCUGUAUUUUAUGAUCUUUAAAUUAUGUAUACUCAAUACCAAAGAUAUGUAUAUAAUGAAUAGGGAAGUAAUGUUUCUUGUAAUAAUGCACAACUACCCAAUACAGAUAUGUACAAAAUACGGAUAGCAUCUAACGAGAAGAAAGAAAAACUGCUCUUUCUUUUCUCUAAUUUUAAAACAUGAUAUUUUUCCUAUUUUUUUUAGGACUCAUUUUCAUAAUUUCCUUGCCUAUUUUUUGUCUUACAAGGAAAAGAGAGUGAUAUUUUACUUGAAUUUAAGUAGAAAAUGUGUAUUUUGUUCCAAGUGUUAAAUGAUUAACAUAGCAGUUGGAAUAACAAAAUGUAUAUAUGAUAAUCUUUCUAUGUAGUUAAUGGAAUGUGGGUCAGGUAUUUUGACCUUGUCAAAAUCCCAUUAUCUACCUACAAAUAUUGCCAACAUGUGUCGUGAUUUGCAGAUAUGUAUGUAUAUAUGGUGUAUGCAAUAAAUGAUUCUGAGAGGUAAUUGUGAGAACUGAAAAGUUUAAGGACUUAUAACAAAUGAUUCAUUUUGACUCUGGAAUUUAUUUUUAUUGUUUAUUGGUGCUAGUUAUUAUUAUGAACUCAAUUUAUGAUCAAUUAUAAAUUAAUCAUAAUAGAAAGGCUUUACUAUGAUAAUGAAUUCACAAUAAUAAAUUCAACACAUCCAUUAAUUUUAUUUAUUCCAAAUAAUAUGAAUGUUUGCAAAACCCAACUUUGGCAUUUUGGCUGAAGAAUUUCACUUAUUAGAAAUAUACUUGGCUUAAUCUUAAACACCCACAAUGAGUGAGUGUUCUCGUCAGUCUUGUGAUCUUUUAUCUAAAAGCAAAUUAGGUGUUUCACAUACAUUCAUUCUCAUCUUCUGAGAGGCCAAUUUUACUUUUGUUAAAAAGUUUUUCCGUCAAAGAAAUUUAAUGAUCAGAUUCAACAAGGGUAGAUCCAGAUAAUAAUUUAGGAGGGGGGGGAUUUAAAAUGUGUCAUAAAUCAGAUUCUGUAAAAUUUAGCAAGCUACAUUUAGCUCAUUCUGCGAUAUGAUUUUAUUCGUUAAUGAUUAUCUGAAAAUAUGUUUGUUUGAAAGUUUCAUGUCAAGUUAAAAUUAAUAGCUACUAAAAAACUGUAGGGAGUGAAAUUUCCCUCUGCGUGGAUCUGCACCUGGAUUCAGUAAGGAGCCAUUCACAAAAAGAUGGUCCCAAGUGCAUCACACCAUUUGUCAUGUCUUUAAUAUUUAUAUUUUUUUACUUUGCAAAUUCAAGUAUUUUAUCACAAAUUGUGUAUGAUAUAUUUUUGAUGUUGUACAUUUUUGGUUCUGAAUUAAAGAUGAAAAAAAAAACAUUAUCAUCCCCCCCCCUCUCCUGUUUUUUGUUAGCUUAACAUUUCUUUUAUUUUUCUCAAUGUGCCAUUCUGCAUUUAACUAGUAGUCUCGGCUCUCCUUGCCUGAAUAUGAUUAAAUAGUCUUUUUUAAGGGUCAAUUAUUGAAGAAAAUAUAAAUUUCUAAUGUUGGUCUGAAUUUUGCUGGAUUUAUUUAUCCUAAUUUAAUUUUUAUGGGCUUGCAGUUUUUAAUAUUUACCUGUGUCAAUUAAGGUAAAUAUGAAUGUUCAUUUUAAUUCAUAAACUUCAAUUGACAUGUGUGGUUGCACUUUCUAACCAGAUCCUGUAACUUGCCCUCAUUUCCCGACUAAUUUAGUUCAGGUAUAAAGUGAAGAGAUAUUAUGAUCCAUCACAUGCUAACUAGUGGUCACUAGUGGUCAUCAUGUCUCUUUACAAUGCAGUUACUUAUUGCAUGUGAAAGUUCCGGAAAAAGCUAUGUCAGUUUUUCAUUAGGAUAUUAAAUAUUUUGCUGUUUCAUUCCUUACUGCAUUAUAUUGUAUUUAUAUAUUAGUCGAUGUCAAAUGUGAAUAUCGAAUUGUCCUCAUGUCGGUUUACAAUAAUUACAUGAGAAACUAAAAUGGACCCCUUUUUAUAAUUCAAAUGGGUGUUCAUCAUGAAAAACUAUAACUUCUCUUUAUUUCCAUUCAUUAUUGUGUAUUUAUUUCUUUUGUUUUUCACAGUAUCACGAGAAAAUUCUGUCACACUUAAACUAAAUUUUCAGCUGUUAGAAAAUAACUGAAGGGUUCAGAUGUAAAGAUCAUAACCCACCCAGAAACUUUGCAAGAGAUAAGCAAGAAAACAUUUUUGCUGUUAGGGGUUUCAAUGGGGCACAUAAAAAUGAGAGCUGGGGACAAUUAUGGGCCUUUAUUUGGACUCAGUAUUGCAGUGAAUGGACAGCACAUGGUAGCGUAUGAAAUGUUAAUAGGACAAAAACUAUAAUUUUGAGGGUUACCACCUUAUAGUCCUGAGCCCUUCAAUUACUGCAUUAAUUGAUGCUGUUAAAUUGUACAGUACCCCAAAAGUCCUGUACCUCAAAUAUUUGUGUGAUAAUGUGUAACACAAUGAGGAAAAGAGAUUUGUUAUAUUUUGAAUCCUCACACAAUUUAUAAUAAUACAAUUAACUAGCCAUAAUCCAUUCUUUUACUUAGAUGACAUUUUAUGGAUUAAAGAAGAAACUUGUUUAUAAUGCUUGUCUUCUGAUUAAUAUAUAAUGUUCUGAGACAUUUUAACUAUUGAUAUUUCCCCCUAUUGUUUCCAUGGGAAAGAAUAUGGAAACACAAUGCAUUAAUUGCAAACAUGACUGAAAUUGUAAUGUACUUAGUUGUGAAACCUUUGAUAAUGUUGAAUUAAUUAUGGAACUGUAAGAUCAGUGUUGUAGGAAUUGUGCUUUGAAAGGCCUUGUUUUUAUCUAGACCGUUUAGUAGUUGCUGAAAUUGUAACAAUAGGAUGGUCAAUUUUCAUCUGCAACAGUUUUUUUUGUCCUUAAUAUGUGUGAGUUACCCAGACAUUCAUAUUAAAGAAAAUGAUUAUAAGUUACGAAAUAAGGUUUAUAAAUAUUUUAGUCUAUUUAAUUCACAUUGUUACAAAUACUUAUUCAGGAGAAUUCAUUGUGUUAUAAGAUGCUGAAUCCUGAAGUCACAUAUCCGAGAGAAACUAGUCUUCAGGCUUAAUGAUGCUAGAUUUGUGGUUGUCUGUUUUGUGCCAUAAUUUUAAAUAUAAUGUGGCUUUAAUGCAUCAUGAGAUUCUAAUUGAAAAUGAAAUCAGAAAAAUGCCAUUAUUGUUUUCAAUGUUUUUUAUUUUUUUGUUUUGUAUCUUGUAUUAAAUGAUUAGAAUAAGAAAUACAUUAAAACAAGAAAAUUGGUAACAUUGGCUACUGAUAUUAAAAUGAAUUAGUUUUUAAUUUUAAAUGUUUAUUUGUAUUCUUUAAACCAGAAAAUAAUCUUAUGUAUAUUCAGUGUUUUGAAGAAAAGAAACAAGAAAAAAAAAAACAUGUAGAAAACAUUGCAUUUCAAACUCCUAAGGAGCUUGUUAGUAUCAAGAGUGUUAUGAAUAAAUGUAAAUUAUUUUCAUAUUUUAAUUAUUUUAUUUGAUAUUAUGACAAUAUUUUUAAACUUUACUUUUUGUUUGUUAGAUAAAAAAAAAUUGUAUGACUAUUUACUAUUUUUUUUGUAAAAUUAUAAUUUUCAUCAUAUUAAGUGUUAAUAAAAAUGCCAGAAAAAUGAUGAAGAGUAUGAGGGCAUAUUUCCUCAAAUUUGUCUUUUCUUUUAGUUUUCAAUUAAACAUCUCCCAGUUUAAACUUCAGAAGAAUUCUCUUUGGUAUGACAUGAUAACUUUCAAUUGGUGUAUUCUUGUACUUAUCAAUGUGUCUUCAUCUUACGUUAUUGUGUCCUCUCACCGAAAAUAAAUUCUCUUUGUAAUCUUAUUGUAUGAAAAUUAAACCAUCUGCAAACACAUAACCAAAAAUAUUGAAGCUCUAUACAUUUUUUUUAUACAUAUGAAUAAAUGAGUAAGCUGUUUCUUAAAUAUAUUUUCAAAACUUUUGAAUGUGAAGCUAUGCAAAAUAAAUCCACAAUAAAAACCA